CACCGAGCGCCGCUGCUCCAUUCUCGACGAAGGGACGCUCGAGGUAAGGUGUGGCCUGCGGCGAGCGAGUGAACAAGAGGCGAGAGGAGAAUUUGUGAAAACGAACGGGAGACGAGAGAGUGACAGAGACAGAAGGAGAGAACGGAAGAGGAAAGACGGAAAGCGCGGGAAAAAGAAGGAAGAAGGAACGGUGUUUGUGACGUACUUCGUGUCGAAGGCAGAAGGCGGUCGUCCUCUUCGUGAAGGAAGUCCGCGGUGACGGGACGAGGAAUCCGGGCUUGUCGGAGCGAUGCUGGUGGGACUCGUGAGGCGGGAAAGGAAACGGACGUCGGCCGCCGGGAUGUACGCGCUCGCACGUCCGAUCGGAUGAACGGACACGGGAAGGCGAACCGGCGAUUGCGGAACGCGCGCAAAACCAACGACGCGUACGCGCUAGCGAGGCCCGCACUCUGAAGGUAGGAGCGAGCGAGCGCGAACGACGCGCCGCGCCGACGGUUCUACGCGCACGAGGGCGUGAGUGAGCGCGCGGCGGUUGUGCGCGCGCGAGUGAGCGAGCGACAAGGAUGGAACCACCGUUGCUGGCGCGCCGACGAGACGACGGACCGAGCUCGCACGAGCGCCGAGGACCGGCCGACGCGAGAUAGAACGAGCGCGCCGUUCGUGCACGGUCGGACAUGCAUUUCUCAAGCGGCGAGCGUAAACAUUCCAGAGCCGUGCCGUUAAUUGGACGCGUUGUCUUGAUUCACGAAGGGAUCGAUAACCGAGAACUGGCGGCGGCGACGACGACGACGAGGACGACGGUAACAGUGACGGCGGCAGCGGUCGGACCAGCGGAGGGGGAGGAAGAAGAGGGGGCGGAGUAGCACACAUAUACAUAUAUACACAACACGUACACACGCACAGCACGGCGUAGUGUCGCAGGAAAUGAUGGCAACGCGUGAGAACUCGUCGGACCGCGCCGUCGACGGGUGAACGUCGGCUGCGAUCGUUCUCCGGAUGAGGCCACCGGGGAACGCGUUCUGCCACUCAAUUCAAAGUGCCAUUUCGUCAUAUCCAGUAAAAUAUUAAUUGUAAGUAGACGCUCGGUGAAGACGAGAACGUGGAGGAACGCGUGCACGCAUUUGCUGGACCGUGGCGCGCGCGUUUAUGUACAUACACUCUGUACUCGCACGGCUCCGUCGUGGAGAACGCGCGACGAGGCUCACGACUUCCUCGGCAUCGGCGUCGGGCGUCGGUGUUGCAACGGAGGAAUCGAUGCGUCUAGAGGCUCCACGAGUGACGACGAGUGAGGACCCGUUGGCGUACGGUCGUCCUAGUGGAACAAUGACGAUGCCCUGACAUCUCCGCGGUGAGUGUUGCUUGUCGCAGGUGCUGUACCUAGAGAUGACAGAACUUCGACGCUGCAGAGGCUCACGAGUGUCUUUGUGAGAGAAACUCAGUGAUUGAGAGGAGCGUCGCACCUGGAAGCUGUUUACGGAGCACGAUAGCACCGUCCGUUAACGGCGGGCAGAAGGUUACAAGAGCGCGAGCAAGAGUUCAAGUGAUAGACGCAAUAUGCCAGGUAGUGAUACGAUGGAGGAGGACCUCCUGGGUCCAGAGUGGCUGUUCAAACAGCUCAGAUCGCCGGAUGGUCCCAACAAGCUUCUCAUUCUGGACUGCAGAGCACACUCUGACUUCUCCGAUGCUCACAUAAGGGGCUCGGUACCCCUGGCCAUACCCAGUAUCAUGCUGCGGAGACUGGCAGCUGGUAAGGUGGACCUCUCGUCCACGAUCAAGUGCUUAGAUCUGAGAAACAGAGUGGAGGUGUUUCUAUAUGGCGAUGAGAACAGUAGAGGAACAUUUGUACUAAUCGGUGACUCUACGGAUCCUGCAGGCCACCAGGGUGAAACGAUACAAGUGCUGAAUCGGAGGCUUAGAAACAGCGGAGGCAAAGUUGUCACUUUAGUCGGUGGUUUUGGAGCGUUCAGAGAUAGGUACCCAGAAUGGUGCGAAGGUAGUCAAGCUAAUAGUGAAUGUGCCCCAGGUCAGGACAAUAACGAUGGCGAGCUAAUGGGCCUUAGAUCCCUUCGGAUAUCCACUCCACCAACCAGGUCCUAUUCGGAUUCUGAUAGUGACAGCACGUGUGAUUCAGUUGGUCCUGAGGAAGACAAAGACUUUCCGGUGGAAAUUUUACCUCAUUUGUAUCUCGGUAACGCGGCUAAUAGUGAAGAUCGCGAGGCUUUAGCGCGGUAUAGGAUACAAUACAUACUCAACGUAACACCGGAUUUGCCAAAUGUAUUUGAAAGCGCUGGUUCGAUAAAAUACAUGCAGAUACCGAUAAGCGAUCACUGGAGCCAGAACUUAGCUAGUUUCUUCCCACAGGCUAUUCAGUUUAUAGAGGAAGCACGAAGCUCAGACAAGGGAGUACUGGUUCACUGUUUGGCCGGAGUGUCACGCUCCGUCACGAUUACCGUGGCUUACCUCAUGCACAAGUGCAGCCUCAGCCUGAACGACGCUUUCAACUUAGUACGUAGUAGGAAAUCCAACGUCGCGCCAAAUUUCCACUUCAUGGAACAGUUGCACAGCUUCGAGCGGGAGCUGAGGGAUCGAGGGGGCGACCGACACAACAGCAAGGGGAACGACCAGAGAUGCAUUGGUGCGUGCCGGCCCGAUGGGCCUUGCAACUGCCCGGCGCCUAGCUUCCUGAGCCCCAUCGAUCUGGGCCUCAGUCCUGAUUCGGGCAUCGAGUUUGACAGGUGGGCAGCGAGUACACCGGCGGAAUGAGACGGGCCUGGGGGGACCCAAUAUAAAUUUUAGGUCCCUCCGCAUCACACGCGUCAUCUUAGGAAGACCCUGAGGGAUGGCCAUGGGAUUUUCUAGGCGUGCUUACAAAACAUCCUGACACGUAAAGAGAGACGAGCAUCGAAGCAGCGCUCGCUUCCACCUCCCGGUACAUCCUCAGAUAGAGUAGGACGUUAGAUGCGUUCGGCGAAUGCCAAGAUGUAGCUUUUAGGGGCAUCCAAAGUUAGUUACUGUGCGCCUAUACUUCUCUUCCGUAAUUUCUCGUUUCUUCUUGUCGAGCCUCUCAUUCCUAAACGCGGCCGUGAUGCGGCCGCGCACUAAAAAUACGUCAAUUUCACUUAAAUUCUCUGAUUAAGUUGAAUUCUAAGAUUAGCUCUUAAGAACGCGCGUACGUACGUACAGCACUCGUUCAAUACUCAGCUUAACCGUGCUGUAACGAGUCGAGAACUUUUCAGAUAAUUUCUAAGGGGAUUGCGCGAACUUGUAGCAUUACGUGAUCAGUGUUGCUUAGCGUAGGAUUGUAAAAUGCGGAUAUAUGCGUCGUCAAAAUUUAGAAAUAACGCGGGAAUGAGAGGAUUAACGCUUAGAAAAGGGAAUUAUGUAUCGCCAAUUAGAGAAAGGUCUUAUCUCUUCGUUAGACGAUUUUAGCUUUUCAGUGUACGCGUUGAGUGAUCAUGCGCCGCGAAGUAUUCCUGCAGUGGUGAAGCUUGGUCUAUCUCGUUGAAACUUUCAAUUUGAAUGAAGAUUUGGCACGUUACGUUACGCCGUCGAAUCGCGAUAAUAUGACGCAGUCGUGUUGUGACUUAGGGAGAGAGUUAGAUGAUAUGACUGUUGAUGCAAUUCCAUAAUAGAAAGAGAAGCAGAAUUUACGAUCCUCCAUUAAUUCAGUUGUGGUAGCAGUGAACACUGAAAGUAUUUUAUAAACGAGAUCCGUUAUUUCUCAUCGCGCAACAGUCGCGUAAUCGCAAUUGUACAUUUUGACAUUAUGCUUCCAAGAAACCUUUAGCAUGUACGAUGUGAACGGUGCGCGAAAGUUAUAUCGAAUUCAGGCAUUGUAUACUCAUGAAGUAUGACGUACCGCCAUACUUCUCUCUCUCUCUCUCUCACUCUCUCUCUUUCUGUCUCUCUCGCUCUCUCUCUCUUAAGAGAGCCCUCUCUCUCUCUCUAGAACAUAUAUUUUAAUACUUCUUUCCCCGAAUCCUUCAAUUAAUAAGGCUGUGUUUAUUUUACCGCAAGCGAUAUUUCAUGCGCGAAGUAAUCUCUAAACGACGAGUUCCCACCAGGCAAUUACAAGUUAGUCGAAGGUAAACAUCACCGCUUAGUAUGUUAAGUUCCGAGGUACAAAAUUGAGGGAGGUUCUAUAUACACAGGGGUGAAUUUAAGGUACUACGUGGGCGAUUAGGCCGGAUUGGAACGGUUCCAGAAAUUCUUUGCUAAAGGACCGUUCGUUUGCUUGUAAUGGUCCCAGUAAAUUUUCGUCAACGUUGCUAAACACAACGUAGAUUUUUCCUUUUUGAAACCAGUGUUUUUCAAAUCUCCGAAAUCCGAGUGAAGAAAGCCGUACUGCACUGUUCGGUCGUUCCUUAAAUCUGCCCCUGAUCUUCUUCUCAACUGAUAGUUUAUAAAAAGAUAAAAUUCUCGAGACACUUUAACGUAAUUUUCGACGUAGUUUCUCGAUACACUGAAGUGACUUAUCUCGUCAAGGAUAAUCGCCUCAAAUGUAUUGAGUCAGUCAAAAAGUUCGGUUCGAGUUUUGCAUUAAAAAAAUUUAAAGUAAAACUUCGUUGCAUUCAGUAGAAAAAACAAAUUAUUCAUCAACCAUCAAGUAAUCAUCAUUAUUGUCUAUAUGAUAUAGACAUUAUUAACAUUGUUGUCUGUAUGUGGCGUAUUACAAUCGAACCGAACUUUUUGACUGACUCAAUAUUCUCUGACUUUCGGGAUGCGCGAAAGGUAUAUGCACGUCGCCUCAGGUACAUAUGCCAGUAACUUAAGUUUAAGAAAGGACACAUCUUAGGAAUCAGUGCAUUUCUGUAGGGCAUUUUCCGAAUCUCUCCUGCUCACGAGGAAAGCCAGGCUCGUCACCGGUACGGCGGAGUUAGGGGAACUUGCGUCCGAGCCAUUCGGAAUGAUAGAUGAACGGCGUUAUUUCGCAAUUUCAUUCUUCGUCAAUUCGAGAUACGCGAAACUUUAAAAAUUCUGCAAAAUUCAGUAAUUAGUAUUACCUAUCGGUAGAGACACAUGCAUUCUGGAAAUAAUUUUCGACCUCCAGUCUGUUAUCAUAGGAUUAUUUGUUUGAUAACUUCUAUGAGAAAAACUUUUAAUGAAUAAUAUCUCCCGUUCGAAAUUAAUUUUGACGGAACGCUCGCAAAUGAAAACAUCAUGAGAGGAAAAUCUUUCUCUCAUCCAAGAAUAUUGUGGAAAGUAAUGCAGGAUGUUCUAAAUACAGUUUUUACUGUAUUAAGAUAAUAAUCCGACACGAAAAGAACGGAAUUGCAUCAGUAUCGAAAUAACGCUUUCAAAUAUCGUCAAAUCGAUUUUGUUGUAAAAAUCAGAUCUGUUAUCACACGCAUCGCUACAUACAGAAAUCUGAAAGAUAAUGGUUCCUGUACGUUACAUUUCUGCUGGCAUCACAGCAACAUGUUAGCCCUUUGGAUUUUUUAUAUAGACACUUUUCUACACGAGAACCAUUGGGCCUGUGCAUUCGUAUAUGAAAACACAUCUAGCUGUAUACUGCGUAACAACUCGAGCGCUAAAUUGGAUUCUGAAUUGUACGAAUCAGCACUGUUUCUAUUAUCUUACAGAUAUCUCAGAUAUAUAUUGAAAGUUAUUUUUGUAAAGAAAAACGAAAAAGAAGAAAAGAAGAAAUGCAUUCACAUUCCCAUAACGAGCCAGAAUGGCCUGACACUGUAACUACCUUUCAUAUACUACUACAUGUAUUGUUCAUUGAGCAUAAUUGAAGUUAAUAUGAGUGUAUACAAGUGAAUGUUAUUUUUCGUGUAAUAAUUAACUGCAAGAGUUACGGUAAUUACUAGCUCUUGGCUAUUGCGGGAGUAAAUUGAUAUACAACUAAGGAAAUAUAUAUUUGACGUUAAUGUAAUAACAAUAUUCUACUAUUACACUGUUGUCUGUUGUAUGUUUACUGGGCCGCGACGCCCGAGAAAUUUAAUCAAAUAUUAUGUAUAUUAUAUAAAUUAUUAUUUUAUAUUCAUCGUGUGUUGUACAUAUAUUUUAACUAAUUUUCAUUAGAAAUACAACUUAUCUUACCUGAA